AUGUACGUCUACUUGAGCAAGAAGAUAGGCAUCCCGGGGGGGGUUCGUCCGAGAUGCAUCGGAUGGAACAGCGUCGACGGGUACAUUGCCUUUGGAGGGGACGGGGGGCUUCUCAAGGUUCUGAAGUUCGAUAGCCCGAGUUACGCGGGCGGAGGAGGCAACCUCGACACCAACCAGACGCUCGGGCCGGGCGAACAGGGCCACCAGAAGCCGGUGCAAGUAGUCCGAUGGAACGACAGAUACUGUCGGUUGACUUCCGCGGACGAGGAGGGCCUUAUCAUCGUGUGGAUGGCCGCUGGGGACGGCUGGCAGGAGGAGAUGAUCAACAACCGCAACAAGUCGACCGUCAAAGACAUGCGCUGGACCCCCGACGGGCUACGCAUUUGCAUCGCGUACGCCGACGGCGCCGUCAUCGUCGGCUCCGUCGACGGCCAGCGCCUCUGGGGCAAGGACAUCGGUCUGCCGCUGUCCAAGGUCGAAUGGUCCCCGGACGCCCGGUACAUCCUGUUCGCGACGGAGAGCGCCGAGUGCCACCUGUACGACUCGCACGGCAACGCGGUGUCGCGGCUGAAGCUGCCGUGCGCGGAGUCGCGCCGGAACGCGAAGAUCGCGGGCAUCGAGUGGUACCCCGGCACGAGGGGCUACGCGGAGCCGGACUGCCCCGUCCUCCUCGUCGCGACGCAGCACGGCGACGUGCAGCUCAUGCGCGGGCACCAGGACGACGAGGAGCCAUUCGUGUUCAGCGUGGGGAUGGAAAUCAGCAUGGUGAAAUGGGCGCCCGACGGGCGCACGUUCGUCGCCGCGGGCUCCGUGUCGCUCCCGGACCCGCAGCAGCCGAGCGUGAUGCGCAAGGCGAUCUUCCUGCAGUUCUUCACGUACCGCGGCGUGCACCUGCGGUCGCUGCGCGUGCCCGGAGAGACCCUGACCGGGCUGGACUGGGAGGGCCAGGGCCUGCGGCUCGCGCUCACCGUGGACGAGAGCAUCUUCCUCGCCAACGUGCGGCCGUCGUACCAGUGGGCGUGGCUCGACGGGACGGUGGUGUGCGCCUUUGGCAAGGCGGACCGGUCGGAGACGUGCCUGCUGUUCUGGAACACGCGCACGCCGAGCCACGAGCAGCACAUCAAGUACGUGAAGCGCCUGCAGGCCGUGCGCGGGCACGGGCAGUUCGCGGUGCUUGCGUCGCGGGGGGAAGAAGGCACGAAGCUCCCGGACAACCGGACGCUCGACAGCUUCAUCCUCAUCCUCUGCAACGCCAUCGGGAGCCCGAUCGACACGAGGAACAUCCAGCUGGAGCCGGAGCACAUGUGCAUGACCGAGACGCACGUGUGCGUCGCGCACGGGUCCUGCGUGUACGUCUGGGCGCACCAGCGCCGCAGCGGCAAGCUCGGCGCCCCGAUGCAGUCCGCUGUCCUGGGAAGCAAGACCGAGUUCAUAUGGUCGGUGGACAACGCCGGCGCGGACCCCGCCGCCGCUGACGUCGCGAGCUUCGUACCCCCGGUCGCGCUCUCGAACGACCCGAUCUCCGCGAUCACCGCGUCGCCGAAGCUCCUCGCCGUCGCGCGGCAGUCCGGCCUGUGCCUGGUGUACCUGCUGGCGUCGAUGGAGCUGCAGUGCACGAUCCAGCUCCCGCAGACGCCGCACCAGAUCCAGUUCAACUGCGACGCGUCGCGCAUCGCGUGCGUGGACGCGAACGGCAUCCUCACGGCGUGGGACGUCUCCGCGGCGCUCGGGGACGCCGGGAAAGCUGCGGGGCCGCUCGCGACGCAAGCGCCGACGUCGCUCGGCCUCGAGCGGCGCGACGUGUGGGACCUGAAGUGGGCCGAGGACGACCCCGAGCUCCUCGCGGUCAUGGAGAAGGCGAAGCUCGUCGUGAUCCGCGGCAACGAGGCAGAGGAGCCGGCGCCGUCGACUUCACACUUGUGCGCGUUCCGCCAGCUCAAGGUGACGGGCAUCAACCUGGACGCGCUCCAGGUGGACCCGGAGAACCCGGACGUGGGCGUGGUGUCCGUGACGGAGGCGUCGGCGCUGCAGGAGCUCCGGCGGCUGCUGGGCGAGGGCACGCGCGACGAGGUGAUGGACUUCAUCGGACGGAACUCGCACGCGGAGCUGUGGCGCAUCCUCGCGGAGAACGCGCUCUUGAAGCUCGACCUGCAGAUGGCCGACAGGGCGUUCGUGCGCUGCAAGGACUACUGGGGCAUCCAGCUCGUGAAGCGGCUGCGCGCGCUCGGGGACGCCGAGAAGCAGCGCGCGGAGGUGGCGCUCUUCUUCCAGCGGCCGCAGGACGCCGAGCGGAUAUACUUCCAGGCCGGCCGCAGCGACCUCGCGGUCGAGAUGCGCCAGCACCUCGGGGACUGGUUUGCGGUGGAAAAGAUGGUGUCGGCGGGGUACGGCGACGACACGCUGCUCGCCAAGGCGAAGAACCAGCUGGGGGAGUACUACUUCGACCGCAGCCGCUGGGCCGACGCCGCGAAGCUGUACGCGCAGGCCAAGAACUCGGAGCGUUUGGCGGAGACCUUCUUCUUGACGGACAACUUCGUGGGCCUGGAGAAGCUCGCGGACGCGCUGCCGGACAGCGACGCGACGCUCGCGGACAUCGGGCGGAUGUUCCUGAGCGUCGGGCGCGUCGGCCCCGCGGUCGCGUGCUUCCUGCGCGCGGACAGGCCGCAGGACGCGCUGCAAGCCGCGAUCCUCCUCAACGCGUGGGACAUGGUGAGCGACAUCGCGGCGGAGCACAACCUGAUGCAGGCGCACAACGAGCUGCAGAAGCGCGCGCAGGAGCUGCGCGCCAAGGGCGAGCUCGGGGACGCGAUCGAGCUCUAUCGGCGGGCCAAGAUGCACAUGGAGGCCGCGAAACUCCUCGUGGGGUCGUGCCGGGACGCGCAGGCGCGCGGGGAGCACCCGCUGCGGCUGAAGAAGCUGCACGUCCUCGCGGCGCUCGAGGUCGAGAGCUUCAAGCGGCGCGUCAUCAACCAGGAGGCUCACACGCUGAGCGCGAUUGGGGCCGGCACGGCGAGCCGCGUGGGGGGGCCGACGGGGCUCGCGGGCCGCGGCGGCGCGACGCAGCAGCGGCUGACGCGGCUCGGGCAGCACGGGACGAUGCUGUCGGCGACGGCGGCGCAGCAGACGAUGGCGGGGCUGAUGCAAAUGGAGGUCGCCGGGAUGGACCUGGCGGAGGUGAACAACGCGUGGCACGGCGCGCAGGCGUACCACUUCUGGCUCAUGGCGCACCGGGAGCUCUACCUCGGGAACUACAGAGAGGCGAUCUUCCCCGCGGCGGUGCUGCCGCAGUACGAGGACGUGCUGGGCGGGCACCAGGUGGCGUCGCUGCUGGCGCUCACGGGGCUGUACAGUUCGUGCUACGGGCGGUGCUCGCGCGCGCUGACGCAGCUGGAGCUCUCCGAGGCCCUGAGCGAGUCAGACCGGGAGGCGUGCCGCGACCUGGCCUUUGCGGUGUUCACGGUGAACCCCCCCCGGGACCCCCCCCGGUCGAACUUGGAGGCCCUCGCCACCGCGAACGUGCGGAAGGACGUGUGCGUGGUCACGGGGCAGCUCAUCGCGGACCGGCCCGUCGUCCUGUGCCACUGUUGCGGGCACUCUAUGUUGGCCGCGCGGGUGUUCAGCCACCAAACGGGCUGGGUGCGCCAGGCCUGCCCGCUCUGCCACGCGCCGAUGAACAAGAACGUCGAGCCGGACGCGCCCGCGCAGAACGGCGGCCGCCGGUAG